AUGGAAAGUGAAUAAAUGUGUAAAAAUCAUCCAAAACAAUCCCUUAGUUGGAUUUGCUUAGAAAGGAAUUGCUAAUAAAGAGUUAUGUGUUCAACUUGUGCAGUAAAAUUGCAUGAUCGCAAUCACAAAGUAGAGGAAUUAUACCACAUAUAUGAGAAUGGGUGUUUGGCUACUUAUUUUAGCAAUAAGAAGAACUCCACUGCUGGGUUGUUAUAGUUAGUAAAUGGGGAGUAAAGCAAUACUUUUGAGAAUGAGUAAUACGACGACUAUUUGUAAGAAGGAAUUGAGAGAUGCUUAAGAAAUGUUUCGAAAAAGAUAGAGGAAACCAAGGCUUAACUAAUAUAAUAGCAUGAACAAUGGAGAGAAGGGAAGGAGAAUGAGAGAAUCAAUUUUAUUGCUUAAUUAAGUGAUGUCGAUGCAUAAUUGAAGGCCUCUUAAAAUUUGGAAGCAGACAUCGAAAAUGCAUUUUAAUAAAUAGAAUUAUUCGCUCAAAAAAGAGAGUUAGAGAUGGCUAAUAAUAAAGAAAGUGCGAUUCUUUUAAAGAAGAUUCGUUUAUUGGAAUUGAUGAAGGAUAACUUUUUAAAAAUGAUAAAGUCCUAUUUCCAUAAUCAAUUCACCGCUGAAUUUUGUCAUUUAUUUGAUAUGCAGAUUGAGACCUUGAAUGCUAGAGAAGUGGAUGACGUUUAAGGGUUCUUAGAGUAUGUGGAUUCGAAAUGGAAACAAGAUUAUCGCAACAUUCAAUUAUCCAUCGAAAAAUUUGUUAGUCGUCUCAAUGAAGGCCUGAAAUAUUGUAUAGGAAUGCCUUUGGAAAAUCAGAAGAAAUAACUAGUUGUCAGAUCUCCAAUGAGACAAUUUCCUAUGAACAUCCAGUCUCAAACGUACCUUCAAUUUACGUCGCCAAAACAACUAGAAUUCACAAAAUCCUAAGUGAUAUAUGAGGAACCAAGUUAGAGGAAGAACAUCAAAAUAGAACCCGUUAGUUAGAGUCUUUAAUAGUACUAGUGA